AAAAGUUUAACAAUAAAGUGAUUGUAGGACACUUUACAAGAUGAUCAUUCUUCUCCUGGUGCUGGCGGUGGCUGGUGCAUACUGGCUGCACUGGGCGAGGCGUGCGCAGCGCCUGGACCGCAUGACGACGUCUCUACCGGGCCCGCCGACGCUGCCGCUGCUGGGAAAUGCCAUGCUCUUCAUUGGAGACUCGGAGAAAAUGCUGCAGAAUCUUGAGAACUUGGCUUCUAUGGCGUAUGAGAACAAAGGAUGCGUUAAGCUUUGGCUUGGACCUAAAUUAUACGUUGCGAUUGCAAAUGCGGAAGAUGCCCAAGUGGUUUUGGAGAAUUGCCUGGAUAAAGAUGUAGUGUACCGCUUCUUGAGGCCAUGGCUUGGACAUGGACUGUUCGUCGCUCCGGUGGGUCUAUGGAAAAGCCAUAGGAAAGUGUUACUCCCAGUUUUCCAUAACAAAAUCGUUGAAGAAUACUUGGGAGUGAUAGCGGAACAGUCUUCGGUGCUUCUCGACAGGCUGGCGGAGAAAUCUGGCAAGGAGGAGUUCGAUGUCUUGAAGUACAUCACAGCAUGCACUCUGGACAUUGUUUUUGAAACGGCAAUGGGUGAGCGCAUGGACGUUCAACGGACACCAGACACGCCAUAUCUUCGAGCUCGACACACCGUCAUGACCAUACUCAACCUGAGACUGUUCAAGGUCUGGCUCCAACCGGACUGCCUCUUCAAUUUGACAGCGUACGCCAAACAACAGAAGGACAACAUUGACCUCACCCACAAGUUCACCGAUGAGGUGGUUAAGAAGAAGCGGAUGGAAUACGAAAUGAGCAAAACUGAGGUCUCUACAAGCAACAAGCGAUCAGGUAAGCUUCGUGCCGUCCUCGAUUUGCUCUUCGGUCGCGAGAUCGAGUUCACGGACGAGCAGCUUCGUGAACACAUCGACUCCAUCACCAUCGCUGGCAAUGACACUACUGCCCUGGUCAUCGCCUACACCUUGGUACUCCUCGGCAUCCACCAAGAUGUGCAGCAGAAAGUUUUGGACGAGCAGCUAUCGAUUUUCGAAGAAUCAAAGCGAGGGCCUGAUAGAGAAGACAUUUCUAAGAUGAACUACUUGGAGAGGGUGAUCAAGGAAAGCAUGCGGCUCUACACUGUGGUGCCCAUCAUCGCACGGAGUGUGCACCAGGAUACUUAUCUUCCGAAUUGUGGAGUUACAAUCCCAGCCGGCGCAGGCGCAGUCGUUGGAGCUUUUGCAGUCCACCGCUCGGAGAAGGAGUGGGGCCCCGAUGCCAAUGAGUUCGACCCUGACCGGUUCCUGCCCGAGAGAUCCGUCAACCGGCACCCAGCUGCCUUCCUGCCUUUCAGCUACGGAUCUAGGAAUUGUAUUGGGCGCAAUUUCGGAAUGCUGAUAAUGAAGAGUAUCAUCUCGUCAGUAGUGAGGUCUUACAAAAUUGAAGCUAACACAAUCGACCGCCUCAAGAUUGAAAUGCUACUAUUUCCGAUCAACGGUCACUUAAUUAAAAUUGAAAGAAGAUGAUGUUUUAGUAGGUACCUAUUUUG